GUAUGCAGUACGAUUAUGAAUGGCCGCUUACAUGUGCGUGGAUAAGCAUUGGCGGCACAAAUAUUUACUAGAAAUAUGUGUUUUAUUGAUCACAUCUGAAUUGUGAAAUGAUGCUGGAUAAGGCUAUAGAGUGGUGUGGGAUCUGUGCUAGUGUAGGCAAACCAAGCAAGCUCAAAGUAUACCAGAUUAACCUUGAAGAAGCUGUCAAGCUGUGUGAGGAUGAAGCUUGCAAUUAUCCCAUUGGCUUGGACAAGGUUGUUUACAGGAAGUUUGAAGAUGUACCUGUCCCACAUAGAAGGAAGUCCAUGCAUAGACAGUCAACAUUACGGCCACCUAUAUUCUCAGCUAAUCCAAAUACAUAUGUACCCCGACCACAGCCAUUGACUUUGUCAUCUCAAGCCCCUAGAAACACCAUUAGACCACAACCAUUGAUUUCGUCAUCUCAGGCCCCUAGAAACAUCAUCAGACCAACACCAUUGACUUCUUCAUCCCAAGCCAGUAGAAACAUAAUCAGACCACAACCGGUCUCGGCCUUUUCACAAUCUAACAAUUUCAUUCCGCCAUCUCUAGCUGUAGAAAAGUUUGGACGAUUUCCACCGUCAAAGGCAAUCAGAACAACCUCACCUGGCUUUGAACCAGUCCAAUCACAACAGAAAUCCACUUGUAUUUCAUCUUCAACCACAGAAUGUGUUCAUCUGUUACCGUCUGAAAAUUUUCAGUCGUUGAAUUCAAGUUCCACUCAGUCACAAGAUACAUUCAUAUCGCCCAAUUGUGGAAUGGAAAUUGACACCUCAGAAGUGACGGAAGUUAUAGAUGUUCAUUUUAGUUCAGACGAUUUUGCGUUUUUGAAUCAACUUACAGCACCUAAGAUAUCAAAGUCAACAGUUUCACCUAACUUAAAUUUAUCAGAAUUGCGAGCAGUUUCACCUAUUUCAAAAGACUCCAGUUGUUCUGAAAUAAUGCCAGCACCAUCUUCGCCUUUUAUUCCCGUAAGGUCAAACAUAGGAAGUUCCGAAAAUAUAAAGAACACUCAGGAAAUCAAUGGUAUAAAACCAUUGCAAGCCAAUGAUACAUGCAACACUAAUGGUGUAAAGACAGUGGCUUCAGACAAUGUUAGUGACAAUGUAAUAUCUCAGGAAAUUGAAAUCGACACUUCAGACUCUCCAGUUCUUGGUGAGCACACUACUUAUUUCUUGGUUGAGGGGAAUGGAAAAGGCAGAAGAAAAAUAACAAAACUGAAAGAAGAAAAAUCUAAGAUAAUGAAGAAAUCCUUACCAGAAGAUAAAAAGCAAAAACUUCCAGAUACUAAAGACAAACAACUACCUUGCGUUCCAGAGAAAAAGUUUCCAACUUUAGACAUUUUCAAAUAUUUUCCACAAUGGCAAAAUGAAGAGGCUCUUUGUUGGUUGGAUGUUGUACUUUGUUUAUUUGUUCAUAGUAAAGCAAUCAGGAAAGUUGAAGUUGAAAAUGAGAAUGUAGACUUAUCCCAUACCAUUUUGGUAACAUUAUUCAAAGCUUAUGAGCAGGCUUGUCAGCUGAUAAACAAAUAUCGCCAGAAAACAACGAAAAAUCAAUUAGAAGUAGCUUCUAGGACCAGAUCUGGUAGACUGUUUUCUGAUCCUGAGGAAUCCGAUUCUGAUGCUGUUGUGGACUCCCCUAAUACAGAGAUGCUCAAAGAAAUAUGUAAAAUGAAUACCGACACAAUCAAGACUGGUGCAGGUCUUAGUUGCUCAAAAGACUUUUUAUCUAUGUUGCCUUUGGACGAACAAGAAAAUUAUAAAAAGGCAUUCACAUUAUUGAGAGACACUCGAGAAAAUAUAUGGAAAAAGAUGCAGCCACGCUUGCAAUGUGUGAAAGGUAAAAAUGACAGUCCGGUUUUAGCUAUACCAUUAAUGGUCAAGGACAAUGUACACAUUGAGAGAGAGUUCUCGGUAGAAUAUGACUUCAUGUUGUCAUGUGACGCAUGUGGCUACCAACAAACCGAUCGGUACAAGAAAGUUCUUCCAACAUUGCCAGCUAUGGAGCAGAAUUUCACCAUGAAAGAACCCUGUUUUCUACGGUCAUGUUUCCAGUGUAAUGCUGAAAAUCAAAGGAGAAUAUUGAAAUUAAACAAGUUGCCUGGAGUGUUACUGCUACAUUUUUCUGAAGGGUUGCCACAUAACAACUUUAAAAAACUUGAGUUCUGGCAUACUGCCUUGAAAUACAGUGUGACUGGUUUUGUACAGUAUAGAAAUGACCCUGACCAUUUUGUGACAUGGAUAAGACGUAUUAAAGACAAUAGAUGGAUGGAGUUUGAUGAUUUAAAGUCACCUAUCUGUAGAUUUGAGUCACAACAGCCAGAUAUGGAUUCCAGUCAGAUACAUAUAGUCAUGUGGGAAUCUAUUCAAGAGUCUAGUCAAUCCGUAGUUAAGUCACGACCUAGUGUAAAUACAUCAACUAACAUUAUUAACGGUAAGAAACAAGCGAUCACGGACAGAGGGGUUCUAAAUGGGAAUCAUCCUGUGUCCUGCUUCACGACAGACCUGUCUAGUAAUUUACAUUGUUUUACUGAAGAUGCACGAGGUCAGAAUGGAAAAUGCUCAGUUUCCACAUCUUUACAAUCAAACUUGGUGCAUAAUAAAUCGGUAAAUUCAGUAGAACAAUUUGAUUUAAAACCUAAAGAAAAAACUAUCUCUAUAAAUGAGACAAAUUUAAAUUUUACACAAGCAGCUACUAAAGACGCUGAGACGUGGGUUAAUGGGGAUGUCAAUGGUAACAGCAAGAAAGCUCCAAGCCUGUUGCUUGGUAAAAGCAAGAAAUCAACAACAAAAAGUAAAGUUAAGCGUGUUGUAGAACAGAAGAAUGUGCAAGAAGUUAGAGCAUUGCGCAUUGAGAAGAAACUGUUGGCUAAUGAGCCUCCUGAGGAAAAAUCAGAAAGAAUCAUUAAAAAUGUUUUGAAAAAUAUAUCAGAAAAUUCUAAUGUUGUUUUUGCUAAAAAGACUGAAACAGAUGCAAGUCCAUCACCAGAAAUGUCGGUAGAGGGACGAAGAGAAGCACUUGCAAGAUUAUGGAAGCCUAAAUCAGAAGUGAUGUCACUGAUGGCAAGAAUAACAAAAGUUAAUGAAAAAAAUGCUCAAAGAUCGAAGUCUUGUGAUAAAGACAUUCUGACAACAAAUUUGUGUGGCACAAAAGUUCAGUCCGCAAAGUCAUGUGAUAAAAAAGUUAAGACAUUAAAGACAUGUAAUACGAAAGUUAAAACAUUGAAGCCAUGUGGCACAGAAGUUCAGUCGGCAAAGUCAUGUGGCACUGAAGUUCAUUCCUUAAAGUCAGAUGGCACAAAAGUUCAGUCCUCAAAGUCAUGUGGCAGGGAGGUUCAAACGACAAAGUCAUGUGGCACAGAAGUUCAGUAUUCAAAGUCAUGUGGCACAGAAGUUCAGUAUUCAAAGUCAUGUGGUACAGAAGUUCAGUAUUCAAAGUCAUGUGGGACAGAAGUUCAGUAUUCAAAGUCAUGUGGUACAGAAGUUCAAACAUCAAAAUCAACAGAAAUAAAUGAUCAAUGGAAACCAGUUGACAAGUUGAAGUUAACUGAGGAAAAGUAUAGAGGUAAAAUGUGUCAGCCUCUUAAAGGGAGUUCAAAGUCCACUAUAGUAACUGUCCGUAAUAGAUAUCAAAUACUGAGUAGUCAAGACAACGGAAGAAUGUACGACUUGGGUUCCGUUAGUGCAAAACGUAGAGAUAGUAUUUCUAGGUCAUCAGAGAGUAGUGACAAAGAAACAUUAAAGAAACAGUCAACUAAUUCAAGUGCAUCAACUAACGGCAACAUUAAAUCCACUAAUGGCCACACUAAAUCCUCUAAUGGCUAUAUUAAAUCCACUAAUGGCUAUACUCAAACAUUCAGCAAUGAUAAAGUUGAGUCUGUAACAUCAAGUAGUUCUAAAAGGACAUGUGGAACUUCUACUUUAUCCAACUACUCACUAUCGUCAAAGAUACAAGAAAAGGGAACAGUCAAGCAAGGAAUACAAAUGAAAUACGAAAAACAGAUAGGAAAUAAACCAAUAUUAGAUGUUCUUAAGUCAUCUUCUGAGAGUCGAAGUCAGUCUAGGUGUUCAAAUACAAGUCUUUCCUCACAAUUACCUUCUUGGAGAACCUUUAAUAAACAUAAGACAUUCAGUGGGUACCAGUUGUCCACCCCUGUACUGACACCUACUUCAGUAUCUACCCAGGCUUCAACACCAUCGACUACACCCAAGUCCAGCCGUCCUUCUAGUCCAGCAUACAGUAUGAAGAGUGAAAUUUUAUAUCCGUCAAAAAGGAAAAACUCUGUGAACAAUUUUAUUACCGUGAAGCGAUUUAAACAACAAAUCCGACCACCUUUAUUGGUCCCAUCUUCAGCUAAUAAUUCGACAAGAUCCAGCCCAAAGAUGAACGUGGGAAAUCAUGAAAAUGACAUUUUAGAGAAUUUGUACAGUGCUCUAGACAUUCCAUUGCCUUCUGACAAUCCAGAUUCACUUGACCUGUCGGCCAUAGAGAACUCGAGUACUAGUUGUCUCCAGAAUAUGGAUGACUUUUUAGAUCAGUUGUUGUGAGGGAAGUUUAAUACUUUUUAAGAAUUAAUAAACAAGGGGGGAAGAGGGGAAUUUUCUUGCCAUUUAGUGGUAAACUGUUUUGUUAUAAAUAAAUUGGUAAGUAUUCCAGUAUAA